AUGGAUGCACCAACCCAUCCAUUGAUCGUGAAUUGCACUGAGAUCAAAUCAGAAUCGAUAAUCCGAAGACGACAAGCGCAAUAUUCGUGUAACUUGAGCAGAUCAGUCAAACAGUCUUCGUCAGAACAAAGGCGACGGGAAAUCGGAUGGUAUUUAAACGAGUUACCGACUGACGGUGGAAAGAAUGAGCAAAAGCUUCACAAAGGAUCUGAUAUUUAUGAAGCCUAUGAGUCUUCGCCUGCUCGUAUCCUGCUCUGA